UACCGAGUCUACUAUUACAAUACAGCUACCAAAUAUUUGCCAGCCGUCAGCUCGCUGCUCCGCUAUAAAUACUUCAGGCCCAGGUGGAGGGACGGCGAGGGGGAGCGGCGCGGGAGCCUAUGCAUGGCCGGGCGGCAGCGCCAAGGGUGAGUCCGAGCUCUGGGGUUCCCCUGCGCGCUGACAUGGCUGCGGGCGUCAUCCGGCCCCUGGCCGAGCUGCGGCUGCCCUCACCCUUCCCGCACAGCCUGCUGCUGCCCGGGCGCCCUGAGCCUGACUUCCCCGACCUCUCCGAGGAGGAGGAGGAAGAGGAAGAAGACGAGGAGGAGGCGGCAGUGGAGAGCGCAGGGCUGGAGCUGGCUGUCCCCAGCACCGCCGAGACCACCCUGCGGCUCCUCAAGUUUUCGGAGCUCAUCAGCUGCGACAUCCAGCGGUACUUCGGGCGGCGGGGCCGGGAAGAGGCUGCCAGCAGCCACGGCAUGCCCGAGGACUGUGGCUCACCCCGGUGCACCGAGGCCCAGCCCGAGGCCGUGGCACCACGGGGCGGCCCCGGGGCCGCGCACAGGCUGGGGCCACUGGCCGAGCUCUUCGAGUACGGUGUGCACCGGUGCCAGCCGCUCCGGGCAGCUGGCGGCAAGACGCAGCGGCUGGAGAGGAAAUAUGGCCACAUCACCCCCAUGCACCGGAGGAAGCUGCCACCCUCCUUCUGGAGGGAGCCGGGCCCCGGCCCCGCCGGCCUCCUCCACGCCGGCACCCCUGACUUCAGCGACCUCCUGGCCAACUGGACGGUGGAGCCGGGACCGGAGCUGCCUGGAGCCGGUCGGGAGCUGCUGCCCGAGCCGGGCCGCCCGGGGCUGGAGGCUGAGCCCUUCACUGGGCUGUGACCCCACCAUGGCCCCGGGGGCCCCCAGCCCUGCCACGUGCCACCUGGUUAAUGAUAAACCCAGCGGCCUCAGUGCCAACGCCGGGGCACCUGGAGCCACCAGGUCAGAGCUGGCAACGGGACGAGUGAAUAAAUGAC